AUGACCGAAGGAGAAGCCCCGAAAGGCCUUUCGGCCAAGCUCGACAAGAAGCGCAAGCGCCAGGCCGAGGAAUCGACCAAGCAAGACAACCCCGAAACUGCGCCUGCAGGAGCUUCUGCCGCCGGCGGAGAUGAAUCGAACAAGAAGAAGCGCAAGAAGAACAAGAAAAACAAGCAGCAACCUGAGCAGGAUGGGAAGUCGCAAGAUCGCAAGGGCGGUGUCGACGAGUCUAUUGGCAAGAUGGAUGGUGGGCUGUUGGCCGAUUACUUUGCUCAGCGAGCGCAAAAGCACGAUAAGGAGCUUUCUGCUGUGGAAUUGAGUGAUCUUUCGGUUCCGGAUUCCGCUUUCCUCGAUACCACAUCGUUUCCGGACUCUAGAACUCUGGAUAAGCUCCCCGAUUUCCUCAAGAAAUUCAGCCCGAAGAGUGCCGACCUGUCGAAGGCGUCAGAGAAGAAGGGUACACCUCAUACAUUGGUUGUUUCUGCUGCUGCGCUUAGAGCUGCGGAUGUUGUUAGGGCACUUCGAGUUUUCCAGACGAAGGAAGCAAUUGUCGGUAAAUUGUUUGCCAAGCACAUCAAGUUGGAAGAGGCGAAGCAAUUCCUCGAACGUGCACGGACUGGAAUCGGGGCUGGUACCCCGGCUAGGAUAUCUGAUUUGAUCGCGUGUGGUUCGCUCAAUCUGGACGAGCUCGAGCGCAUUGUGAUUGACGGAUCACACAUCGACCAGAAGCAGCGCGGCAUCUUCGACAUGAAGGAGACACAUUUGCCGCUGUUGCAGCUACUGACUCGACCGGAGCUGCGUGACCGAUACGGUGCCUCGAAGAAGAAGGUGCAGAUCUUGAUGUUCUGA